AUGCGACUCUCAUUCCUCGAGGGUGGCGAUCACGUCAGCCACCCGCUGUGGAAAGCUCGUCUUAGUGGGUAUGAAGAUGCCACCAAGCUUUUCGGUUCCGUCACAGACCCCAAGAGUCCAGAGUUUCAGAAGUUUUUGCCUCUCAUAAAGAACUUCGUCACAGAUAGCAAUGCUGUGUCUCAGGAAAAGGGACUCGCAGCUGUCCUGUCGUUUGUUGAAAAUGCCCACCUGGCCAGUCGCAUAUGUGGCGACGUCCUCACCGGGCUCGUCACCAAGUGCAUCGCCGCUCCGAAGCAGAAGACACGGGAACUGGCGCAAGAGAUCAUCUACAUGUACGUCGAAAUUGAGAAGCAAGAUGUGGUUGUGGAGGAACUUGUCAAGGCACUGGAUAGCAAGAACCCGAAAAUAGUGGCGGCAUGCGUGGCAACACUGCGAGAGUGCUUGCGUCUGUACGGUGCCCGCGUUGUAGCCGUAAAGCCUCUCUUCAAAGCACUUCCGAAACUCCUCGAGGACAGGGACAAGACAGUGCGUGAAAAAAGCAAGCUGCUGACUGUCGAGCUCUAUCGAUGGAUUGGAGAUGCCCUGAAACCAAUGCUGCAAUCUCUGAAGCCCAUUCAGGUGUCCGAGCUUGAAGCAGAGUUUGCCAACGUGGAGAAAGGCACUGCUACUGCCGAGCGUUACAUCCGUUCGGAGCAGGCACGAAGGGCACAGGCAGCUGAGACUAGCACCAAUGGCGUGGAUUGUGUCGAAGAGGUAGAGGAGUGCGGUGGUGAUGGGGGUGCCACUGUUGACGCGUACGAACUGCUAGAAGCUGUCGACAUUCUCUCCAAGCUGCCCAAGGACUUCUACGAGCAGUGCGAGGCGAAGAAGUGGCAAGAGCGAAAAGAGGCGCUAGAGAAGCUCCUUGAGCUCGUGAGCAAUCCUAAGCUCGAACCUGGUGACUAUGACGAUCUCGUCAAGGCACUGAAGAGGAUUGUGGCCAAGGACAGUAACGUAAUUGUAGUGGCGCUCGCAGCCAAAUGCUUGGCAGGGCUGGCAGCUGGUCUGAGGCAGAAGUUUCACCCAUAUGCGAAUUUGUGCAUUUCGGCGUACUUAGAAAAGUUCAAGGAGAAGAAGCAGAACGUGGUGACUGCUCUGAGGGAGGCUCUGGACAAUGCAUUCCAGGCCACAAACUUGGAAGCAAUCCUGGAGAAUGUGACGGGGGCCCUGAGCAACAAGAAUCCACAGAUAAAGGCGGAGACGACCCUGUUCUUAGCACGUGUCUUCUCGAAAUCUACGCCGGCCUUGUUGAACAAGAAGCUGCUGAAAGCAUUAGUGACGUCGUUGCUCAAGACUCUGACUGACUCUGACCCAGCUGUGAGGGAAGGUGCAAGCAUGGCCUUGGGGACAGCGAUGAAAGUGGUCGGCGAAAGGGUGAUAGCACCUUUUCUUGGUGACCUGGACAAUCCCAAGAUGGAAAAGGUAAAAGAGUGCUGUGAGAAAGCAGAAGUGGUUGCUGCACCACCUCAAAAGGCCCGUCGCAAGCCUGCUGCUGCUGCUGCGUCCUCGGGCACGAGUAGCACAGAGUCAAAGCCGGAAGCACAAGCCGCCCCAGAGAGGAAGGCUGCAACUGCAGUGGCCAAACCUCGUGGUGGUGCCCGGGUCGUGAGACCGGGGGCUGCUUCUUCUGCUGCGCCAUCGUCUGCCCCUGCAAGAGCCACGCAAAAGGCUAAAGCGCCUGGACCUGCGAAAGCACAGUCGGGCAGCAGUGCUUCUUCCAAGCCUGUGUUCUCCGAAAUGGCUCUGGCAGACGAAGAGGUUCAAGGCCGAGCAGCAGCCUUGUUCCCAGAGGAAACGCUUGCGGCUUUGGGGAGCGCAAACUGGAAAGAUCGUUUGUCUGCCGUUGAGAAGAUGAAGGAAGUUGUCGAGGCUAUGGAAGGAAGCCUGCCUGUUCAAGUCAUUGCGAAGACGCUGUGCCGUAAACCUGGACUUCGAGACACAAACUUCCAGGUGCUGAAGCUGAAGCUGGAAACCUUAUUGGUGGUACUGGGUGGUGGGCCUGUGUCCCUGUGCGUGGCCGAUUGCAUGUUGGCAGACUUGGUGGACAAGGUCGGGGACACCAAGAAUGGCCAGGGCGCCGCAUCUGCCCUGACGGCCUUGGCUGAGGCCACCUCCCUAGACCAUGUUGGCCAGGAGGUUCUCCAGCUUUGUUUUGCCCAGAAGAAUCCGAAAAACCAAAGUGAGAGCCUGAUGUGGCUGGCCAAUGCUAUCAAAGAGUUCGGGCUCAAGGUUCCAGUGAAACCAGUCAUAGAAAGCAUAAAAAAAGGUCUGGCUGCUUCGAACCCUGCAGUGAGAACAGCGUCCAUCACUCUGGCUGGUGUUCUGUACCUCUACAUGGGCAAGACGCUGAGGACCUUGUUUGAAGGGGAGAAGGCCGUCCUUGUGCAGCAGCUUGAUGCGGAACUUGCAAAGCUGGAAGGUCAAAAACCUCCCGCGCCCACUCGAGGUGUGCCAACUUCCUCGGUCAACGAAGGUGGAGGUGAUGCCCCGGAGGCUGCACAGGAGGAGCAAGAGGCUGCCCUCGAUACGGAGGACUUGGUUCCUCGAACUGACAUCAGUGCGGAGAUAAUCGCACUUGGUCUGAACGCUCUGUAA